GUACGCAAAUUUUUCUCUGGCCGGGCCAUACAUGCCACCAUCUAUCAUGCAUGCUUCAUGUUCGUCCCCUCCUCCCUCGACCUCCUCCUCCGUCGAUGCAUCACCCCUCGCCAAGCUAACCAAAUCCAUGCCCUCAUCCUCCUCUCCGGCCAUCAACACUCUCCCUUCCUCUCCGCCCGCCUCAUCUCCAUCUACUCACACUUCAAACUCCUCUCGCCCGCCAUCUCCGUCUUCCUCUCCGCCCCCUCCCCUACUCCCUCUAUCCUCUGCAACUCCAUCCUUCGUUCCCUUCUCUCUCACUCACUCUCCUCCCAAGCCAUCUCCCUCUAUCGCCGCGCCCGCACCCUCAACCUCAUUCCCGAUGGCUUCACCUUCCCCCUCGCUCUCCGUGCUUGCAGUUCUCUUUUCGAUUCCUCCCUCUGCGCCGCCGUCCAUGCCCACGCCGUCACCAUGGGCUUCGGUAAUCACCUACAUGUCGCCAACGAGCUGAUACUGAUUUACGGACAACUUUGUCAAUUGGACCUUGCGCGCAAGGUGUUUGACGGAAUGCGUGUUCCGACCGUGGUAACUUGGAACAUCCUUGUUUCGGGUUACUCGAGAAACCGGGAAUGGGGACAUGCGCGAAAGGUGUUCGAUCUUAUGCGAACUAGAGGACCGAUGCCCAAUUCGGUUACGUGGACAUCCCUUUUAUCUGCGUAUGCUCGGUGCCAGCGGCAUAAUGAGGUGAUAGAGGUCUAUGAUGAUAUGAGGGAAUGUGGUUGUGAGGCCACCGCUGAGUCGGUGGCCGUGGCUUUAUCUGUUUGCCCUUAUGUUGAUAGCAAUGGAAGCUGUCAUGGAUUGGAGAAAGGGAAGGAGAUUCAUGCUUUUGCUAAAAGGAGCGGUUUUGAGGGGUUUUCUUUUGUGAGGAACUCAAUUUUAUGCAUGUAUGGGAAGCUUGGAAACAGUAGCGAUGCAGAGAAAUUGUUUUCUGAGGUGGAAAUGAAGGAUUUGGUGUGCUGGAAUGCACUGAUCUCAAGCUAUGCUGCUUCUGGUCUUUGCAAUGAAGCUUAUGAGACAUUUCACCUGCUCCAGGAAGCAGGGGAGCCUAAGCCCAAUGUGGUGAGCUGGAGUGCUAUGAUAGGAGGUUUUUCAUUCUGUGGAAUGGUUGAGAAAUCUGUGGAACUUUUCCGGCUUAUGCAGAGAGAUGGCAUUCAGUCCAAUUCAGUCACUCUGGCCACUAUUCUAUCUGCUUGCGCGGAGCUCUCAUCAUUGGACUCAGGUAGAGAAAUCCAUGCUCACUCCAUAAGAAGCUUUAUGGGUAGUAAUAUUUUAAUACAGAACGGGCUGCUGAAUUUGUACACUAAGAGUGGGGGUCUCAAAUAUGGAUGUUUGGUUUUUGAAAGAAUAAAAGGCAAGGAUUUGAUCACCUGGAACUCAAUGAUUAAUGGCCAUGGGAUGCAUGGAUUGUGCAAUGAAGCUCUAAGUACAUUCAGAAGCAUGGUUAGAGGUGGGAUGGAGCCAGAUGGGAUCACAUUUGUUGCAAUUCUCUCUGCUUGCAGCCAUGCAGGGCGAGUUGCUGAGGGGCGAGAACUGUUUGAUUUAAUGGUUAAUAAGCAUGGAAUUUCACCUGGUUUGGAGCAUUAUUCAUGCAUGGUGGACCUUCUAGGCCGAGCUGGGCUGAUAAGAGAAGCGAGCGAGCUUGUAGAGAAGAUGCCUAUGAGACCCAAUGCUUGUGUUUGGGGUGCUUUGUUGAACUCUUGCAGGAUACAUGGGAACACAGCCGUGGCAGAGGGUACUGCUUCAAGGAUGUUUGGGCUUGAAGAGGAGACUUCUGGGAACUGCAUGUUGAUCUCUAAUAUAUAUGCAGCAAUUGGGAAAUGGGAUGAAUCAGCAAGGGUUAGGGUUAUUACUAGGGAGAAAGGGAUUAGGAAGAAUCCAGGGCAGAGUUGGCUUGAGGUGAAGAAGACUGUGCUUGUAUUUUCAGCUGGUGGUUCUUUGCCUCCUGGUGCAGAGGGAGCUUAUGAGGUAAUGGAAGAUUUGAAUAGGCAUAUGGAGACCGAGAACCAAGUGGCAAGUGAUUUCCUUUUGUUGGAUUGGGCGGAUGAAGAAGUAAUGGUAUGAAUAUUUUAUAUUCUUUUAAAUUUAAGGAGAUCAAAUAGUCAUUGGAAGAGCAAUUUUAGAUGUGAAGGAAACUGGAAAUAAAGGAUUCAUGAGUAUGUUAGGUUUUUUGAUAAAUACAAAAUAUUAUGCCAUGGUAUUUGUAAAUU